CAGUUAAGCGAGGGAAAUGAUUUCCCAUUCUUGAUCAGUGCGGACGUUAUGGGCUGGAAAAUGGGAAUAUUACUCGCCUGGUGGCUUGCUUUUCUAUACUUGACAGGGUGGUCUGAAGGUGUCCAGGUGACGGUUCCUGAGCAGAAGAAGUUUGCGAUGUUGUUCCAGUCCGUGGUUCUUCGCUGUCAGUUUUCCACCUCCUCCAGUCAGCAGCCCGUGGUGCAGUGGUGGUACAAGUCCUACUGCCACGACCGCACCAGGGAGGCAUUCAGCUUCACAGACUCUGUCACCCACCAGAUCCCAGACCAGGGCUCCACUUCCCACCUGGAUUGCAUGGACAGCAGCAGAACAGUCAGGCCUGUGGCGUCUCGCCAGGGAAUUACUUUCACACUGGGGGAGAGUUACAAGGGAAGAGACAUCACCAUUACCAACAAUGCCGAUCUCCGAAUCGGAGAGCUUCAGUGGGGGGACAGUGGGGUGUACUACUGCAAGGUGGUUACUUCUGAUGACAUAAUGGGACAGAAUGAGGACAGAAUGGAGCUCUUAGUGUUGGGUAAGACAGGGCUGCUUGAUGAUCUCUUGCCCAAUUUUGAUGUGAAGAUUAUGCCAGAGUGGGUGUUUGUGGGUGUGGUGAUCUUGGGAGCCUUCACGUUCAUUCUGUUUCUGGGUAUCUGCUGGUGCCAGUGUUGUCCUCACAGCUGCUGCUGCUAUGUGCAGUGUCCCUGCUGCCCCGAGUCAUGCUGCUGCCCACGACACUUGUAUGAAGCUGGGAAAGCAGUGAAGACAUGUGCCUCCCCUCAUAUUGCACCAGUCUACCCUCCCUACUAUGUGCCUAAUGUCCCCAUGGCUGCCAUUGGACCUCCAGCAAUGAUGGUUCCAGAGACACAGCCUCCAGUAAUGGAGAACAGUGUCGCAGGGGUUCGCAGUGGCUACCGAAUCCAGGCCAAUAAGGAACAGGACUGUAUGAAGGUUCUGUACUACGUAGAAAAGGAGCUUGCUCAGUUUGAUCCAGCCAAGAGAACGUAUGAGAAAUCCAGCACCAUGUCGGAGCUGAGCUCUCUUCACGAAGGAGACGCCGAUUUCCGUCAGUCCUGCCGGCGGGUUCAGAAAAAGGCUGUUCCACCAAUCGGUGACCAAGAUGACGACCCUGCCUUCACCUCCACUGCAGCCGCCCACGUGAGGAAGUCAGCCCGGCACCCCCAGCGCAUGAACAGGUCUGAAGAGCAGUACCACAGCAGCAGGUGGAACCCCAGAUCUGAGCACCUUCAGAGAAGAAUGUUCCCAGCCAGCGGACGCACAGGGUCUCUAGAUGAGCUGGAGGAGUUUGCAGAAUCCUACCAUCAAAAAGGGAGGCGCUUUGAGUACAGGGAGCCGGAGCCGGAUUACAGACUGGACUGCGAGACCAAGGAACACUAUCCACCCCCCUUCAGAGACCAGCACCAUUACCGUGACGACAAGCCAGCCAGAAUUGACCGGCACCAGCACCAGGAGUCCUUCCCUGAUGAGUACUACAGCAAGCGAGACCGGAGUCGGGAGGGCUUUUACGAGUCGGACAGAGGGCACCCGUACAGCCCUCCUUCUCCCAAGAGGAGAGACCUCAGCGACUGUUACCCGCCUCGAUACCCUACUACCAACAGGGCCUAUGACAACACAUACCUAACAAGCGUUCUGGAGAAGAAAGCCAGGGUCAGACCUCCGGAGGAGAGCUUCAGCUGUGAGACUCCUUGUAAAUCCAGCUCCAAAAAGAGCAGUGACAUUCAUUACAACCGAUCUGCCAGUUACAGGCGUGAAGAGGAAGAUUCUCUGCCACCUUACUCGGAGAGAGAUGCCGAGCGGCACAGGCCACUGGAGUCCUUGGCAAGGCCUUUUUCGUACACAAGGGACGGUACACAUGAGAUCAGCAUGCAUGCCGCGCAUCAGAGGAGGGAAAGGGAGAAGCUCAGGAAGACGAACACUCUACCCAGCAGAGAUUCCCUUAUAGUGUGAAACUGAAAAAGAAGAUGAAUCAUUUUUUUUUCAAAGGAGAAGGGAACACCAGUCCAGUGGUACUCUUAGAUUUCACUCUCCUAGGGUUGUUUGAUGGAGAUGCAAGUACCACAUGUAUUAGAAGCAGGCCCUUGUGUGCUGACCCACUGGAUACCUACAGAUUACAGUCCAGGAUUGAUACAGAGGAGCCAGGAUUGGAACUCCACCUCAGUACUGUCAAUGUCACAGUGUUCUUAGAACAUUCAUCUGUGAGUCACUGUGCAGUUUUCAGACUUUCAAACUUACAAAGCAACAUCAGUGUUCCUCACUAUUUCUACCGUGCUACUUGAAGAAGUCCGAAGCCGAAACAUUAUAGCUAAUUAUAAAAUAGCGAGUUUUCAGGUUAUCAGUUACUUUUUCUUCUUUUUAGAUUUUUAUUUUAAAGUUGUAUGAUUGUCUACAAUGUGGAAAGGUGCUAUGUGGAAAAAAAUCAGAACCCGGAGCCAGACUGCCACUAUUAAUUGUAUAUCUGCUGUGUGUAUGAAGCAACAGUCUGACUAUGGGGGUGCAAUAUUAUUUUCAAGAUGUAUUAAACAGGUGUAUUUUAAAGACAGAUAUACUCAGCUAAUAAACAGGUCCAUCACCCAAUAGCUCCACUCACAAGUUCACUUGCUGUACCAGUGCAGUGUCUGGGUGACUUAAUAUCCAUGGUUAGUGUUUUAAAAAGCGGUAUUUCAAAAUGAUGAUCUGUUGAUCAGCUUCCAGUAAGGGCCUCAAGUGACAGAUUAGGGCCCUUUGUCCUUGUAUAAAGUUACAGGUGACAGGGAGGUACAGUUGCACUGAAAGAUUCAUCGACUUGGGCAAGAUUCAGAUUCAGACUGCCUGGCUCUACUGACUAAAAGGAAAAUUUCUGUCAGAAGGAUAUAAUCACAGAAGUUAAUGGUGUGCUGAUACAUGUCUAAAUAUCCAGUGUUUUAGAUAUAGGGAGAGUGAGCCUAACUGCUUUAUAAUGUCUGUUGAGUUUGAUAACAUGUGGUGUGAGGAACAAAAUAGUGAAACUCUAAACCAAGAUUACAAGACAGGGUCUUCCCGUCUCAAGCCAAAUAUUUUCCACAUGGUACCUUCUUUUUAUUAUGUGUAUAGCAAGUAAUACUUCAUUACACAGCCAUUAUAUAGCUGCCUUGAAUUGCAAAACAACAGGGAACUCACAUGUUGUACUGUCUGUGUUCUUUUCUUAGUAAAAGUGACCAUGGGAAGAGCAGUUACAUCCAGCUACUGGAUCAGCCAUUUGACUGCAGUGACCACACUUGCCUUUCAGUGGCGCACGUAUUCACUUUAGCCUUAUUCUUACAUUACAAAGAACAUAAAUAUAAAUCUUCUUGAUCAGAAUUGCAAUUUGGUAACUCAGAAUUUGCAUUCCAUGACACACACUCCAGCCUGCCUAAGUGAAUUCUAGGGUGUAUGUGUAGUUUGAUUGAGGUGUAAGUGGAUGGAGACCACGUUACCAGCUCUAGGUAUGUAGUAAGAGUGCCAUUCCACUGUAUAUUGCACUACACAGUGUACAUGUUGUAUAUGAGCAACACACAUGGGUAAACUCUUGUUGCAAAUUAUAUAUUUGUGUACAUCAGAUACAGAUUUCUGUACCUACACAAUAUGUGCAGGUAGUUCAGUUAGCAACACACCAAUGUAAUGUUUGUCAUACUCAAGAUUACUUAUCCACAUAAACCACAAAACGGCAAGCAGUUAUUAGUUUAACUUAAGAUAGAGUGCUUUAUCUGCACUCUUUAAGAUAAGAAAAACAUUUACAAAUAACCUGUUAAACAUAAUUUAAAGGCUGUUAUAUGAUGUAUUUUCUCAUACUGGCUUUUUAAAGAUAAUUGGUCCCUCUUUCAUUGUGCUGAGAAAGUUGUGGUUCUUGGUUUUUCACAUUCAUUCAGGAUGUGAAAUCAUUCAAACACUGUAGAGAAACUGCUGUAUCUGGCUGCCUUAGCUGUUGGCAGCAACACACAGCAACUUCGUCUUCAUCAGGCGACACUAAUAAUAAAACCAUGAGAAGGGAGGUUUUUUUUUUACUAUAAAUUUAGUGGUCGCCAAUUGAUUUUUACCCUGUUCUUCUCCCACUUUGAAAUAG